GGGGGAAUGGGGAAGGUUCUGGGCGGGAACACGAAACGCGCCAGUGCGCGCCCGCUCUGGUCCGACACUCAACGUCGGCUCGUCAGCGACACAACACAUCGCUAUUAUACGAAAAUUAUUUUAAUCGAAAACGAGCACGACAUAAAACGCCAAAAUGUUUAAAAGUCAUUUAGAAAUGAUCGGCAGAAAUGAGACGCCGUCGAAGAAAGCCAGAUUUUGGCAAUCCUUCGUUCGGUCUCUAAAAGGAUCGGAAGACAUCAGGGCCGAGGAAAGAUACCGGCCGACACGUCGUAGCGUGUUCCCUGAGUUGCUGUCAACUUACCCAUACAGCAAAUCCAUCUAUGACGAUCCCAUCGGCGCCGCUGAGAGGAUAACCGUCCCCGGCUACCGCUACCUCCCCGUCCACCGUGAGGUCUACGGAUACUCACCGCGUCCAAUCUACGCCCACAACUACCCUCGAUCCCUCGAUCACUACAGGCCAAUUUACCAUGUCCCAAGACGUGUGCGAAGAGGCGUCGACCCCUUCGACGCUCACAAGGCGUGGCAGGAUCAUUUGGACAGGAUGGCCGCCAUCGACCGCCUUUACCCAUCCCGUUACGGACUGUACUUGAAGGACCGAGCCUAUCCCAUCACCGACCUGACCGCACCCAUCAUCGACCCACUCUCGCCCAAGAGCCUCAAAGGCAUCGAAUAUGAACCCGACAACAAGCCUCACUGGGGAUCAGGAGCGUUGCCGGCCAGACUAUCGGACGUGUUCAAUAAGGAUCCAUUUUUUGCUGAUGCCGAAAAAUGGGCUGAUUUUGACCGAUCGCUCCGAGGGAGAUCCCCUACACCCGUGAAGCCAAGGAUAAGUCAACCCCGAGAUUGUGAAGUUGCAUUUGAUGCUGACGGUGCUCCACUAUUCAACGCUGGCGGACUGAGGCGUAGGCCCUGGGCUGACAUUUUCAACCCUAGCCCUUCCUUGCCCAUCUCGGCGAUCACCCGGGACCCCUUCUGGUACGACUGGCCGGAGCUGAGGCCCAUGGCUCGUUGGGACCGCAGCCCCUCCUACAUCCGUGACUCGUACCUCUCGCCGGUCAAACGCACCUUCCUCUGGGACAAACAUCCGAUCAGGCCUUUAGAUCUUAUGGUGGAAGACAGAUUCACUGUGGAUGAUUUAAGCAAGACUUUUCCGUUCAUACGUAGCCUAUAAACGAGCUACAGAUAUUACUUCGAUGGCUGCUGCUUUCUAAACGGCCUGUCAUCGACGUUACUUGAUAAGUUAUAAUGCCUACUAUAACAUUUAUUUUCUAUUUUCUUCCUGUCUACAUUUUGACUAUGUUACGAAAUUUUAUAAAAGAACUCUAUUCAGUACAUAAUUUAUUUAAGAUCUCAAAGACUGCAAUAAUCGACAUAGUCACUGCCACGGAAAUGAACUUUGUUACAAUAAAAUUGUUUAUACUAUAAUUAUUUUAUUUUUAUGUACUUUAAAAUAUUAAAAAAAUAUAUAAUAAAAUAUAUAAAAAUCAA